AUGGAAAAUGUCAUUUAUAAAAUUAUCACCAAGAUUCUGAGCAAUAGGUUAAAGUUGGUUGUGGGGGAGCUGAUUUCUACUAACCAACAUGCUUUUCUACAAGGUAGACAGAUAGGUGAAUGCUCAUUAUUGGCUCAUGAGCUAUUAAGGGAUUUCUCAAAGAAACAUGGUAAGAGAGCUUGCUUAAAAAUUGAUUUACAUAAAGCAUUUGAUAGCAUUAACAGGGAAUUUGUCUAUUUUAUCAUGCACUGUAUGGGAUUCCCUGUUAUUUGGAUUAAUUGGAUUAGAGAAUGUAUCUCUACCCCUUCAUUUUCAGUGUUGUUAAAUGGCUCCUCAUCUGGUUUUUUCAAAAGCAAUAGAGGUAUCAGACAAGGAGAUCCCCUAUCUCCAUAUAUCUUUGUUCUUGUGAUGGAAUUUUGGUCUGUAAGUAUGGAACUGGCUACCUUAAUAGGAAAAAUUCAAAAUAUUAAGAAGAAUAAAGAUCUCCAAGUUUCUCACCUCUUAUUUGCUGACGAUAUGCUGGUCUUCUGCAGAGCAAAUAAAAGAUCUUUUCAAGGAAUUAACAUUUUAUUGGACUCUCUGGCAAAUAACACUGGACUGAAUAUUAACAGAAGCAAAAGGAGACUUGAACUUAUUAAAUCUAUUUUAUUCAGCACUACUGCCUACUGGUACUCAGUUUAUAAACUCCCUCAAUCUACUAUUCAAAGUCUAGAAGCUAUAUUUGCAAAUUUUCUAUGGAAAGGGAGCAUUCAUGCAAUAAACUGGAAGGAGGUAUGUAGACCAAAGUCUGAGGGUGGUUUUGGUCUAAGGAAGUUAGAGGAUCUCUGUAGUGCUGCUGCUCUAAAAAUGUUAUGGAGAAUUCUUAAUAACUCUUCUCUAUGGUCCAACUGGAUGAAUGCCAGAUACACCAGAGGUAAGAACUUAUGGGAUGCACCAGUAAAUACACUUGAUUCUGGAACAUGGAAGCAUUUAACUAGCCUGAAAUCUACUGCUCUGAGUUGUGUUAGGAAAACUAUUGGUAAUGGUGAGACUACUUCACUAUGGUUUGACCCUUGGAUCCAAGAGGGAAGAAUUAUAGACAUUCUACAUAAUGUUGAUCCACAUCUCUCAGGCACAGAAAACUGGAAGAUCAAUGGGCUUGGCUACAUAAUCCUAAAGAUGUCCUGCUGCUUGCUCAAAAGUUUACUUAAUAGACUUUCUACCAGAGAUAGACUUUACAGAUUUGGGAUCAUCUCGACUGAGGUUUGUGUUCUCUGUAUUGAUGGGAAGGAAUCCAUUGAUCAUCUAUUUUUCCAAUGCCCCUUUUCUGCUUAUAUAUGGAAGCUUUGUAAACUGAAGCUGCAUUCCGAUGAUAGGACAAUCCAGGACCUGAGAACUGAAGCAACAGCAACACAAAACAAAUUCAAGGUGAAAGAUAAAACCUACAUUUUGGCCAGAUUGGUUUUGAGUACAGCAGUUUGGCAUAUUUGGCAAGAAAGAAAUCGUAGAAUUUUUCAUGAUCAACGGUUGCACAAGAUUAUGGUUUUUCGAAGACUAUAUGAAGACAUCAAUGUUUUAAUCAGAAACUGCUACUGGAAGACUGGAAACAAAAUUAUUCUUUCAAACUGGGGUAUAGAUGUGAGUAACAAAGAAAAUAUCUGA